UGGGAGUCGACGGCCACGGGGACUGUGGGAAAUGUAGUUCAGAGACUCCACCCUCCUCGCCAUUCCUGUAAUGGCUGCGUCCUGGAAGGCGCUGUCACGUGGAACCUCUUAGCCUCAGCAUUAGGAGCUCCAAGAAGGGAGUAUUUCACGUCAGAUAGAAUUAUAUACAUAUCGUUUCUUUGAAACCUUCAGCACUCAAGAUCCAGUCAUCUCAAGGUCCCAACAUCAUGACCUCAGUUUCAACACAACUGUUCUUAGUAGUCAUUCCACUGCUUUUGGUGCUGCCUGUUGUUGAAGCAGUAGAAGCCGGAGAUGCAAUCGCUCUCUUCUUAGGUGUGGUUCUCAGCAUUACAGGCAUUUGUGCCUGCUUGGGGGUGUAUGCUCGAAAGAGAAAUGGACAGAUAUGACUUUGAAGGGUCUCUUGAAUCAAACCUUGCCCUGAAAACAUUUGUGUUAUUUAGGUUAAAAACAGUUUUGGUGUCUGAAAGUUCCCAAAAAAACAGUAAAUAGGGAAAUUUUACAUUCUUAGUUGUUUUCCUGUAAAUGGGAAUAAAAUUAAUAUAUGUUAAAUGGAAUAAAAAUGCUUUCUUCACAACAAAUGCACUGAAAACUGCAGUCUGUGAUUUGUAUUUGCUAGUUAGAAAGAGGGUCAAAGAAGAAAGAUGGCUGAAAUUUGCCUAAGUGAUAUUUCAUGGUCUCAGAAUUCUCAAAGCAGCUUAAAUUGGAAGAAGGAAACUCUUGCCCAGAAUCCUAGGAACUUGCCACUGUUUAGUUGUAAUCAUUGCCCCCUGCAUUGGUGAGGAGUCUUUUUCUCCAUAUUUGUAUUAGAUUUUUGUAUUGUUAUCUCCCAAGUUAAUAUGGUACUUAGAUAACCAAACACAGUCAGAACUUAAAACUUUUAUUUCUUUGGGGGAGAAAAGAUUAGAUAAAUGUAUUCAGUGUAUGUAACAUUGAAAUGGAGAAGAUUAAUGUAAAAAUAAUGCUUUAUAUUGACAUUGAAAUGGAGAUUUAAUGUUUAAAAAAGUGUUUAUAUUAACUGACUAACACCUACAUGGUGAGAAAUACUAUAUUAAAUAUUAACCCAUAUGCUGUAA